AUGACCUUGGUGUACGGUGACCCGGUUAAGAAGCCACCGAGGAAGAGAAGAAGGAGGAAGACUGACGCGCCAGGGAUGGACCGGGGGGGUGCAAAACCGGCAGCUCAACUGCCGGCGGCGGCCCUUUACGAUGAACAUCCCCGGCACCGAUCUACACCGGCGAAACUAGAGGAUCCAGCUCAGCCGGAACCAACAGUGGAACCACCAGGGGAAGACCUUAACCAGGCAGUUAUGGAGUCGCCCCCACAAACUCCUCUGAACUCGGCCUCCGGGACUCCUGUGAUGCCACCUCCACCUAGGAAGAGUGCCGCAGUCGAGUCCCAGGCCCGAUCGGUAGCCGUUGCGAAGCGGAAAGCGAUUGCGUCACCAGGAGACCAACCAGUCAAGCCAGGACCCCCGACGCAACCGCCAAAAACCUGUUGUUGA